CGGGCCCGCGCGACCACUACGUAGGACCACUACCAAACACGGAGGCGCAUCUCCGCGCAUUGAUGUGUCAUUGCAGGACCCUUCCUUGACUACAUCAUUGUAUUCCCCCCUCCCUUUUUUUUUUCCUUUUGUACUGGGUGAAUAUAUCGCCACACGAUGACGGAGUCGCAGUCACAGCUCGGAGUACCGACCCGGGCUCCAGCUGCAGCUCCAGCUCCAGCUACACCUGACUCUACUCCGCUUCACUCGAGAAGAAGGACGCCGUCGCCGUCGACGUCGCCGCUGUCCUUUAAAAUUCCCGAUGUUGGCGCUUCUCUCACAUCUGCCCUCCCGUCAUUCGAAUCCGACCACCAUCACCAGCAACAGCAGCAUGAGCAGAGUAUGCACGGAUCUUCCAACGGAAUUGAGACUGACAAUGAGACUGAGAGUCCCAUGUCAUUAAUGGCAUUUGCUCAGACACUUCUUACGCCGCUAUACUUUAUCUCGUUCCUGCUCUCGCUUUUCCUGAUCGAUACGCAUCGCCAUCCUUCGUCUUCAUCUUCAUCUUCAAGCUCGCCAAUGAUGACGACGAGCAGCCACAAGGGCGAUUUCUGGUUAUCGUCAUCGGCGACGAUCAAAAAAGGGGGGACCGGCUCUUCAAUGUCGCCGCCGCAAUCGCCUUCGGCCCGGUCAGAGUCUGGAUAUGCUCAUAUGCACAAGAGCAGCAAAGAUGGGCAGUCCUGGACGUGGGCGUGGCGCAGGGGAGACAGGAAACUGAUCAGACGCGAACUAGUCGAUGCGUUUGAUAUGCGUCGCAUGGUGCUGACUGCCAUGAUAUGCAGCGUCAUGUUGAUCAUGGGCGCUGGAGCUGUGAGCGGAUGGUGGCUGUGGAGAUGGGGCUGGGGCGUUGGCGCGAGUGCAUGAUCGGUCGAUUUAUAAAAAAGAAAA